AUGCUCUCAUUGGAUGAGCACUGCCGUGAGAAGGACGGCCAACCAGGGACCAGCCGUGUCAAUCAGUCAGUACUAGCCACCAGGCCUCACUCGGACAGGCAUGCGAGCAGCUUCCUUCACCCCGAGCGUCUGGCCCAGGCCGCCCAGCAUCCAUUUGCUGUAAAUGGUCUUUUUAAGAUUGCUGCCGGCAGCACACUUCCUCCAGGAACCACGGCAGGCCUUGCUACGGGAUGCAGCUGGUGGACACCCUGGACGCAGGCAAUCUCUUCUAGCAAGCCAUUCGACGAACCCAUCCACCAGGUGGUGCCACCAGCAGCCACCGUCCACACUAAGAUGGCCAAGCCCUUUUGGGCUUUGACUGAUCUACCCUCCUGA